CACGUGUUUUCUGUGCCUGUAAACUAAGCUGGUUCCUUUUGCUCGUUUCUAUCCGUUGGUAGCCUCUUUCGGUCAUGCGCAUUGGUGAACAGGAAGCUCGGAGGAGAAGAUGCAGAAAAGAUGUCUCCAAGGGAGGCUUUGCCCGCUGUGCAGGAGGUUCUGAAGAAGGUUUUCCGUGUGGUGGAGCACCAGCAUGGGCUCUGGAGGAGUACUCUGAGUGACUGCUCACCCCUCCUGACCUCCCUUAGCAAUCUGGCAGAGCAGCUACAGGCCAGUCAGAAUGUGCAGCUGGAAGAGACCCCACUCCGGGCUUUCCCUGACCUGAAAGACCGCUUGAGACGAAAACUGCUGGCUGCUGGGGACGCCAUCUUGGACCAGUUGGGAGAGAAGCUAACCAGCCUCCUCCAGGUGCGAGAUACAGUCAGCAGCCAUGUGGAACAAGUGUUUGAGCUGUAUGAGCAGAAAGCAGAUGAACUAGGCCUUGAUGUAGUCUUGCAGCCUUCAGCUGAUAGCCCUUCAUUGGCUGAUAUGCUGGCAUGGUUACAGGACAUUGACAGGCAUUUUCGAAAUUCUUACCUGGAAAGGAAGUACCUCCUCUCCCAGAUCCAGUGGGGGAAUUUGCCAAACAUCCAAACCCUGCCCCAAGCCUGGGUUCAGAUCUCAGAGAAUGGCCAAGACCUCGUACAAGAUAUCCUGCUGAAUGUAUCUUUUUUCCUGGAGACUUAAGGCAGGGUCAUGAAGCCAUUAGAACAAGAAGAAAAUCUAGGGAUCACCUAGUCCAAACUCAUCAUUUGACAGAGGAAGAAGGAAACGUAGAGGAGGGGGAAGAGACUUGACUAAGGCCAUGCACUUUUUCAGCGGCGGGGUGGAGAACCCCAAACCCCGGUUGCUUGGCCCCCAGACCAGAGCUUUUCUUCUGUUUCUCUGUAGCCCUGUGUCUGCCUGGGUAAUGAGUACUUACAGAUAGAGAUCCUGCAGCAGGCCAUUGUGGUCUUAUUGAUUGGUGAGAGGAGGGGAGAGAAGAGAUUAUCCCCUGAGGUGGUCACUGAUGAUAUGAAUAACCUCAUGCUUUCUGGCCUCAUCCAUCCCUUCCUGGCACUUCCCUUUUCUCUUGGCCUGGUCUCCUAAAUCGGGGAGACAAUAUGUCAUGGGUGUAAAGCCUUCCAAUGGAGAAUGUGUUCUGGCUCUCGAUUUUGUUUGGGAUAAAUAAAUAGUUUUAAUAGCUAA